AUCAAUCGUAAGCUACUUGCUCAGCACUAUUGCUGUCUGGCAACUGUUAGUUCCAAACUAUCAUCUCGUUGGUUUCAUUUGUAAGUGCAGCUGACCUUGUGGUACUGGAGUAGAAAUAUGGGCGGUCAAUCAAACUAAAACUGGGGCUCGCUAUGCUUCAAUAAUCAAUAAAACACUGGUCUUUAUUGACUCGUCCUUUGUGGCAAGUCGAGUAGAUUGAUUCACUGAGCAAAGUUAAUCCAGAUGGCCACAUUACCUAACACAAAAUACAUUAAAAAUUCAACGUUGAUCAUCUGUUAGCAAUAAGGCUGUUGAUAAGACAAACUAGUAUUUAUAGAACCAUCCUCGCAAAAUAUUCUCAUUCCAAUUGCAACUGCAACAAGCGGAACAAAAUGUCAGCAAAAAUGGCGUUCUUAUCAGCAGUGGCCCUUAUUAUUGCAACACUAAUAGUUCAACCUGUCAAGACUGCAGAAUCUCAAGGCCUUCACAUUCUUCCGGAGCCCGGCGUAUGCGGCGUGAGCCUGACAGAAAGAGUUAGAGGCGGCAAUAAAACAGCUCUCAAUGCACAUCCUUGGGCUGCCCUGUUUGGUGUUCGUUUCGUGGGAGAUCCAACCGGUCGGAUACAGUUCAUUUGCGGAGGAUCACUUAUUACGGAUCAGUUUGUGUUAACAGCUGCCCACUGUUACAACGGCAUCAUUCCAGAUGAACACAGGCGCAAAGUGGUGAUUCGUCUAGGUGAAUGGGACAUAGAAAGCGAACCUGACUGCAUUGAUGACAAUUGCGCAGAUAGGGCGAUAGAUUUCGAAGUCGCGUUCUACCGAAGACAUGAAGAGUACACGUCGAAUCCUACGCACAAUGACUUGGCGUUAAUUAAACUUCCCCGUAAAGUCAGUUUCACAGAGUUUAUUUCUCCAGUGUGUCUUCCGGUGGCCGAGGAGCUGCAGAAACAAUCGGAAACAGGCAAAAUAUUUACCGUCGUUGGAUGGGGAACUACUGAAAGAGGUACAGAAAAACCUGGUUUCUACAGUAGUCGCUUCAAAUUGGAGGCCGAUUUGCCAGGUGUUGAUUGGGACACAUGUCACGAGCUGGUACCUAGAUUGUGGCCAUCGGAGUUUUGCGCUGGCAACGGAACCGAGGAGCAGGCCUGCAAGGGGGAUUCGGGAGGACCGCUGGUCGCCAUAGAAGAUGACGGUUACUGGUACCAGUAUGGGAUUGUGAGUUAUGGUUUUGCUUGUGGAGAAGGUCCAUAUGGGAUGUAUGCGAGGGUUAGCAGUUUCAUACCUUGGAUUGUGAAAAACUUAAACGAGAUGAAUUUAAAGAAUAAUAAUGAUGCUGACGAAAAUGAGUUGGUGGGCAGUUGAAACGUGUUUGUACAUAAGUUGAUAACGUAAAUAAAAUGUUUUCUUAUUUACCAUUACAUCA